AUGGAAAAAAAAAAAAAAAAAAACUCAUCUUUAAAAGGUUAUUUCAAAAAGUCAGAUGACUCGGGAAAUGAUGAUAAUCAUUAUAGUAUCAACACAAUUGAUCAAAAUUAUGUGAAUCUCGAAGAAGAGAAAAGUUAUAAAAACAUGUUUAGUAAGUCACCAAUUGGGUUGGUUGCCUACUACCGUUGUACAGAAGGUAGACACAAAACGUUGAGGGACUCAUCGGGAUGUGACAGAAUAGCGCAUAUUAAAAAUGAUGGAAAGAGUUCUGGUGAUUCUCCUUGGAUGUUCAAAAUAAAAAACAAAGAGAUUCUUAAUUUAGAUAAUUUGAGAAAAAAGGAUAAAAAAAAUUAUUGUCUUAAUGUGAGUGGAAAGUCUAAUUGUUAUAUUGAAAUUCCGUCAGAUAAUUGUUUAGAACUUUUAGGUGGUAAUUAUAGUACUAACGAACAUAGUAUAAAAAUAAAACAAGAAAUAUGUAAGAACAUAUCAAAUGAUAUUAAUGAAGGUUUUACAUUUGAAAUGUGGAUAGGAAUAGAAGAGAAAAAAAUAAAAAAAAAAAAAGAAAAAAAAAGUUUUUGUUUAAUUCAAAAAGGGGUAGAAUAUUCUGAGUGGGGUAUAUAUUUAAUUAUUGAUGGUGAAGAAUGUAACUUUUUAAUUAAUUAUAAAAAUCAAAAUUAUGAAUUUGAUAAAUUUCCUAUUGCUCAUUUAAAAACUAUAAAAUUUAAUAAUUAUUAUUGGAGUUAUGUAUCUAUAGUUUUUAAUAUUGGAAUUGAUCUUAUAUUUGUAGUAUUAUCAGGAGAAUAUAGUUAUUUCUUUGACAUAUAUAAAAAUAAAUAUGCAAUUUUUUAUAAUAAUUUAUUAUAUCCUACAAAUUUUUAUCUUGAUUCUAAAAAUGUUGUACCUUUAUGCAUAGGUAAAUAUAAUUCCCAUUUAAACAAUAUAGGAAAAAUAAAUAAAAAUAGUAAGGAAGAUUAUGAGGUUUGUUCCUUUUUAGUAACAGAAAUCCGAAUGUUUGCUGUAAGUCGUUCAGCUGACCUUGCCAUAGAAAAAUAUAAUCAACCCCUUGAAUGCUUUUCAAGCAUUUCACUAAAAAGUGACAUAGAUGAUAGAUCAGACAAUAUUGAUAAUGAUAAAAUGGUAAUAUCAAACAAUAAUUCAUCAGAUGAUAAUCCAUACUACUAUAAUAGUAAACAUGGGGAUACAAAUAAAAAAGAAAAAAAAAAAAAAAAAGAAAAAACAGAUAUAGAUGGAAAUAAAAUAAACAAACUUAAAAGUAAUCCAUAUAUUAAUGAUGAAAAUAUAUACAAAACAAGAGAUCCAUUUUUUGAAAAUGAUAAUGAAAGUAAUGAAGAAAAUGAUAAUAAAACAAUCGAAUAUAAAUGUAGUGAAUUUAAUAAUGAAAUUGAAGAAAUGAAAAAAAAGUUUAGCCAAUUUAAUGAUGAAAUAAAAAGUAUGGAUAUUAAUAAUGAGAGAUUCAGUUUUGGUAGUGAAAAAGAUAAAGAGAAAAAAAAAAAAAACAAAAAAAAACAUGAAUCUGAUAAUGAUUCAGAAUAUGAUAAAUUUUCAGAUGAUUUAAAUCGAAAGUUUACACAUUUUUCUUUUGAAAAUAAUUCAAAAGAUUUUAUAAAAAAUGAAUAUUCAUCAAGUGAUGACCUAAAUACAUCUAACAAAUCUCAGGCAUAUUAUGAUGAUAGUAGAAAACAUAAGAAAGAAAAGCGAGAAAGUAAAAAAGAAAUGAAAAAAAAUUCUAAAAAAAAACGUGAAUCUGAAGAUAAAGAGAAAAGUAUUUAUAUAGAUGAAGUUGUUCCCCCCUAUUUAAAUCCAGAAAAUGAUAUAAAUUUAAAAAAUAACAAUAUAUCUUUUUUUAACUUUUCUGAUGAAGAUAUUUUUAAUAAAAAUGAUAACAACAAUAAUGAGGGUAAAGAAAAGAAAGAUGGUAAAAAUAAAAUGGAAAACGAUGAGGAUUUAUUUAAGCAUAUUGAAAAAGAUAAUAAAUCUGACGAAAGAUUGGGAAAGAAAAAAAGUAACAGUUUUCAUGAUAUUACAGAAGUAAAUAAAGAUGAAAAAAUAAAUAUGGUUGAAAUAAUUAAUGAAAUUAAUAAAAAUUUUGAGGAUAAGCUUUUUGAUAUGUUUGCUGAUAAGUGGGUUCAGAAUUUGGGGGUAUCACAAAAUGAUCGAGAUAAAUUUAUAGAGAAUUUGAAAAAACAAAGAGAUUUUAUAGAUUUCGAAAAAAGAAAAAAAGAAAAAAAGAGUUUUAAUAAUAAUGAAGAAAAUAAAAAUGGUGACAUGGAUGAAUAUGAAGAUAUAAAAAGAAAAUAUAAUGAAUUAAUAGAAAAAAAAGAGUUAGAAAAAAAAAAAAAAAUUCAAGAAAAUUUAAAAGAAGAAAUAAAAAGAACAAAAGAACAAACACUUGCUGAAAAGGGAUUAAAUGAAUUUAUACAAAAAAAUAAACAAAUGAAUGAAUAUUAUGUAAAAAAAUAUCGUAUUUCAAGUCCAACUUCUAGAAAGUCAGAUACAUCUAUUGAUGAUAGUCAAUCGGAUAGUGAAAAAAACAAUGACACCGAUGAAUCUAAUAUUGGCAAUACUAUGAGUGAAAAUUAUAAAAGAGAAGACAGUCUUGAUGAGUCUUUCAGUUUUGAAAAUAGAGAUUUUGUGAAUAAGAAAAGUGAUAAUUCUUUUGAUAGAUACGAAUUUCGUAAAAACAAAUUAAAAGAUGACAAGGUUGAUAAAAUAAAUAAAGAGGAUAAUGAUCAAAAAAGAAGAGAUAGUAUGGAUCUUGUAAGUUUUGAACAAGAUAUGUCAGAAUAUGAAGAAAAAGAAACGAAGAAAAAAUAUGCUAACAAAACAGAUAAUGAAAUAAAUAUAGGAAAGAAAUACUAUCGAUAUAUAUGUCCAUUGACACAUUAUGAAAUAUAUAUUAUAAAAAAUUUUCAUAAACAUGGAAUAAAUAAAGAGUUAAAACAAUUUAAAAAUAAAGAUAGUAUAGAAAAUGGGAAAUAUAAAGAAGAUAAACGAAUAACAAGAAAUAGUAUAAAUAUAAAUUAUAUAAAAUAUAAAAUAUCAAUGAUGAAAUAUUUAAAUAAUAUGAGUUUAAAAUAUAUUUUAGAAAAGAAAUAUACAAAAGGUUUAAAGGCAUGUAUAAAAAAUAAAAAUUACAUCCAAAACUUUACUAAUAGUUAUUGUAGUAUACAGAAUAAAAUAUUCAAAAAAAAUUAUCAUAUUGUAAAUAUAUGUUUAAAUGUGAACUAUUCUAAAAAUAUAACAAUAGAUGAAUUAAAAAUUAUUAUAAAAAAUAAUGUAAUAAAUAUUAUAGUAUGUAAAAUUUUUAUACUUAUAUCUGAAUAUAAAAGAUAUAAAUAUAUAGAAAAUUCCUCUCGAAUUUUAGUAUUAUUAUCGGUUUUAUGUAGAAUACUCUACAUAUCAAACGAGCUAAAUAAUCGUUCUAAUAAUAUAGAUAAGUUAUUAAAGAGUGUUUUAAAAAAAUUUAUUAUCCGUUUAUUUUUAAGGGGAUGUUUAUAUUAUGUAGAAAAAAUAUGUGAAUAUUAUUUUAAGUUAUAUCCACGUGAUUUUAUAAAAUAUGAGGAAGACGAUGCAACAGAUGAAAGCAAAACAGAUGACGACGAAACAGAUGAAGAUCCGAUACAAACAAGUAAACGUAAAGAAAAAGAUAAUACAAAUACUAUUAUAUAUGAAAUAUAUAAACUAUCUAAAAAUAGAUUUCUAAAAUAUGCUAUAUCAUAUAAAAGUAAUAAAUGUUCAUUAAUAAAUAAUCAUGAAAUGGAUUUCGAAAAUUCAAUAAAAACAUUUUCUCCGGAAUGGGGAUAUUAUAUAUACUCAACCAGUAACUUUAAUAUAUUUUCAUCUAGUAUAAAAUAUAAUGGUUUUUUAAAAACUGCUCUUGAUAUUUCUAGUCUUAUAUCAAGUGAUAAAUAUGAAUCGUUUUUAAACAACAACCCAAUGUGUAUUCGUGAUAUUAAUGAAUUAGAGGAUGAAGAUAUUUCUAAAUUGAAUCAAAUUGAAAAUGUAGAUCCUAACAAACAUAGUGAUGAAACAAAAGAAGAGAAAGAAAAUGAACUUAUUGAUUCUGAUGAAAAAGAUAAUAAUAAAAUAUGUUUACCAGAUAUUUCUGAUAGUAUAGUUCCAGUACCUGAACAUACAGAAAAUGACAAUAUAUUAUGUAAAAUGGAUAUAAAAAAAAAUAAUAAUAUGUCUUUAAUUGAUUAUCUAACAAAUUAUGAAAAAAAAAUGAAAAAUUAUUAUAUUAUUGAUGAUACUUUAAAAACAAUAAAAUUUAAUAGAAAAAAAACAAAUUAUAAUUUAGAAAAGUUUUUCAAAAAUUACAACAUAAAUAGUAAUAUAAAUUUUACAGAUAAAGGAUAUUUUCAAAAUUUUAUGAAAAAAGUUAAUCAUGAUGCAUUUUUAAAUACAUCUAAAUAUUCAUAUAAAAAUAAAGAGCUAUUUGGAAACUGUCCAUAUUGUAAAAAACAACUUACAAGCUUUUCAAAUAUCUGUGAUUUAUGCCAUAAACGUAUAUAUAUAUGUUACUACUUUUUUGUUUAUUGUACAUAUAAAUAUCGUUGUCAACUAUGUGAUGCGACCUAUUCGGAAAUGUGCAUGAAGAAGUUUAAAAUGGGGUUUACCUGCUUUUACUGUGGACUGUUUCUCGUUAAGGAGUAA